AUGCCUCCGAAGAGAAAGGCAGUCGAAGGUGCAAGAGGCCGCGCUUCGAAGCGUCCUACUCCGAAUCCAGUCUCAACACCUCAGAGCGUCAGUAGCGAUGAGUAUUGUGCGGAGCAUGAUGAGAGUGACGAUGUCGUAGAAAAAUUUACGCUACAAUCCUACAGCCAGAAGUCACAGCCCCCAAAACAGGAUCCGCAUUUUGGUUACAAGGAUUUCUCUGCUCUUUCAUUAAAACCUGACCAUGCAAAUCGCCCUCUUUGGAUAGAGCCCCUAAAGGGAACAAUCACGCUCGAGAGUUUCUCCCCACUAGCAUCGCAGGCACAGGAUUUCCUGACCACCAUUGCUGAACCAUUGUCUCGGCCCACACACCUUCACGAAUAUCGGCUUACAGGCAACAGUCUCUAUGCUGCUGUGUCAGUCGGCCUACUUCCGACUGAUAUUAUCAAUUUUCUGGACCGAUUAUCAAAGACACCCCUCCCUGAAGCUAUCAAAUCAUUUAUUAUCAACUUUACGAAAUCAUAUGGAAAAAUAAAACUUGUACUGAAACAUAAUCGAUUUUUUGUGGAAAGUUCUGAUCCCGCCACCUUACAGAUGCUUUUGAAAGAUGAAGUUAUUGGGCCACAGAGAAUAGAAAGUUCGGAAGGGAUAAUACAACAAGCGGCUCCAAAAAUGGCGGGACUGGUAAUUCCAGGAACCAAGGAUGCGGCUAUGUUGAAGCAAGCCCCUGACCAACGUGCCGCCCAAGUGCCAGAACGGUCUGCCCAGCAGGGUGAAGAUGAUAUCUUGGUGAAUUUACGAGAGGAAGAUGAUGAUGAGGAACAGGCUCAGGUUCACAGCUUUGAAAUUCCAAACACGGCGGUUGAGUCAGUUAAAGCCAGAUGUCAGACUAUGGGCUGUCCGGCUCUGGAGGAAUAUGAUUUCCGUAAUGAUGACAUCAAUCCAACCUUGGAUAUUGACCUUAAGCCCAUUGCGCAAAUCCGAAGCUACCAGGAGAAAAGUCUGAGUAAAAUGUUUGGUAACGGGCGAGCGAAGAGUGGAAUUAUUGUGCUUCCGUGCGGAGCUGGAAAAACGCUGGUCGGUAUUACAGCAGCAUGCACUAUCAAAAAGGGCACAAUCGUUCUCUGCACUAGUUCUAUGUCCGUUGUCCAGUGGCGGAAUGAAUUUAUUCGAUGGUCAAAUAUAGAUCCAAGUGACAUUGCCAUCUUUACAUCUGACAACAAAGAGAAGUUUCGACGCAACACAGGUGUGAUCGUAUCUACAUAUUCCAUGGUGUCGCAGACCCGCGCUAGAUCUCACGAUGCCGAGAAGAUGAUGGAAUGGUUGCAAUCUCGGGAGUGGGGGCUCAUGCUUUUAGAUGAAGUACACGUCGUGCCUGCCUCCAUGUUCCGAACAGUCACGUCCGCUAUUGCUACACAAACGAAGCUCGGAUUGACAGCAACACUUCUACGAGAGGACGACAAAAUUAAAGAUUUGAACUUUUUGAUUGGACCGAAGUUGUAUGAAGCAAACUGGAUGGAACUUGCAGAGCAAGGCCAUAUUGCCAAAGUUCAAUGUGCAGAAGUGUGGUGCCCUAUGACCACCGAAUUUUAUACCGAGUAUAUGCGCGAAAAGUCUAGAAAAGCGGCCCUUUUGUACAUCAUGAAUCCCAGGAAAUUCCAGGCCUGCCAAUUUUUGAUUGACUAUCAUGAAAAGCGAGGGGAUAAGAUCAUCGUCUUUUCUGACAAUGUCUUUGCAUUGGAGCGAUAUGCCCUGAAAUUAAAGAAGGCUUACAUUUAUGGCGGGACUCCUCAGAAUGAACGCCUGCGGAUUCUUGAAAACUUCCAGCAUAACGAACAAGUGAAUACAAUAUUCCUGUCCAAGAUUGGCGACACGUCCCUUGAUUUACCAGAAGCCACAUGUCUAAUUCAAAUAUCAUCCCACUACGGUUCUCGUCGACAGGAAGCUCAACGACUAGGCCGUAUCCUUCGAGCUAAACGCCGUAACGACGAGGGAUUCAAUGCCUUUUUCUACUCCCUGGUGUCAAAAGAUACUGAUGAGAUGUUUUACUCUUCUAAACGUCAAGCUUUCUUAGUUGACCAAGGUUACGCAUUCAAAGUGAUAACCCAUCUCCAGGGAAUUGAAAACCUUGAAGGCCUUGCGUACGCUACAGCCGAAGAACGUCUAGCACUAUUAGCAGAUGUAACACUCCAGAAUGAAACUUCUGCUGCUGUCGAAGAAAAUGCCGACGAUCUAUUCAAUGAUCGGAUGGCCGGCGGGAAGCCCCGCGGCGGUAAGAAACCUGUGCGGAGAAACGCCGCAACGCUCAGCGGGCUUGCUGGAGGUGAAGAUAUGGCUUAUAUCGAACGUAACAAGAGUCGAAAUAAGCAGUUGAAGGAACGUAGCUCAUUCUUUAAGAAAAUUGAUCGUGAUCGUGCAAAGAGGAAGAAGAUGCUAGAGCAAUAGAACUUAGAUGUACC